ACGGCCAUGACUCGGCUUGACUCAUGUCUCGUGGUAAUAACCAGUAAUCACCGAUUAUAAAAAUUCUUUACUGUAAUCGGAAUAAUUGGAUUUGGAUAACUCCAUUGUUCGUGUUCGUUUUUUUUAUCGACGUUUUUAGCAUGCAGACGUAGAGUUCAGUAGAGUCGCAACAAACAUUAUGUUAUGUCGACAGAUAACGGAAGAAUUUCUGACGCGAUUCAUGUCGCGGCGAACUGGUGCGUAUUUAUCUUGUUAUCAGUUAAGUUUGUUCGUUAUCUGAAGUACCCGAGUACCGGCCGUGCUGGACAAAAUCAUUUUAAUUUUUAUGAAACAACCGAAAUAUUGUUGUCCAACAACCAAACCACCGACUUUAUUCCUAUUAUAGUAUGCUAUAUUCUAGUAUUCCGUACAAAAUAACGGUUGAUCAAGUUUAACGGUUGAAGGUUUAGGCAGUGGUUAUUGUAGAAGAAAAAGAUUUUGAUCAUUAUUUUUGUGUAAUGGAAAAGAGGGAGUGGCCACUAUUUGUGUAUGGUGGUCUAUCAUCCUGUAUUGCCGAAUUUAGUACUUUUCCUAUUGAUACAACCAAAACUAGACUGCAAGUUCAGGGGCAAUUGGAUGGACGGUUUAAUAAAAUUAAAUACCGUGGAAUGGUAGAUGCUUUUUGUCAGAUUUAUAAACAAGAAGGUUUUUUGUCACUUUAUUCUGGAAUCAGCCCUGCAUUAAUACGUCAGUGUACAUAUGGUUCACUUAAGUUUGGAACGUAUUAUACAUUAAAACAAGCAACUAAUGAAUAUCUAAAUGUGACCGAAGAUGUAGCUGUAAAUUUUGGGUGUGCUAUAUGUGCUGGAAUAAUAUCUGCAUCUAUUGCUAAUCCUACAGAUGUGCUUAAAGUCAGACUUCAGGCUUUGGGUCGAGAUAAAACUGGAAUUUUUUUAGAUAAUAAUGUUUUUAAAUGUUUUCGUUACAUUUAUGUACACGAAGGACUCAGAGGUUUGUGGAAGGGAGUUGGACCAACAUCGCAACGAGCUGCAGUUAUUGCAGCUGUUGAGUUGCCAGUUUAUGAUUAUUGUAAACACAAAUUGAUGGACAUUUUUGGAAAUAAUAUUUUCAAUCACUUAGUCUCAAGUCUAAUAGCUAGUUUCGGAAGUGCUGUUGCGUCUAAUCCUAUUGAUGUAAUCAGGACUAGACUGAUGAACCAGAAGCACAAUAGAAAUACUGAGCUUGUUCAACAACAUAUCUAUAGAGGAAGUAUUGAUUGUCUAAUAAAAACUGUUAAGUAUGAAGGAGUUGUGGCACUGUACAAAGGUUUCGUUCCCACUUUUGUUCGAAUGGGACCCUGGAACAUAAUAUUUUUUGUGAUUUAUGAAAGACUGAAAACAAUAUAAGUUUUAAGCCUGUAUAAUUUAAAUAAAAUAGAGUAUCCAGAAAGUUAAAUUUAAUGUUGUUAUCAUCUAUUUUACACAUAAGUAUUAUGUUAUCAUUAAUGGAAAUAUAAAAAUUUAAGACAUUAUCCUGAGAAGUUAACACAACAUUUUAAUUUAUUAUGAUAUUUUAUUAAAUAUAUUUUUACAAUUAAUUAAUCAUACUUAUCAUACAAUUGUGAACAUUCAUAAAAACCACUUAUAAUGAAAAUAAGGACAUAAUCUGUUAACUUAAUUUAAUUGAAAUUGUAGUUAUAUUUUAAGUAUCAGAUUUAACUAUACCUUAAUUAUUCACAAACUAAUUUAGGUAUGUUACAAUUGAAUCAAGCAGCAGCAAAUACAUUUAAAACAAGUGAAUAUAAUAUUGUUGAAUUAAA